UGCGGGGCAGGGGGGAUAAGCUUGGGUCUUAUAAACUCUAUAAAAGCGGUCCGACCGCCUCAUUCGCCAACUUCAGCACCCAAAAAGCGCUUCGAAAGCCCAAGUGUUAACCUCGUUUGCAGAUUUAAAAAAUCUUUUAAGAAAAUGUCUUUCAUCGGCAAGAAGUACAAGCUGGAGAAGUCCGAGAACUUCGAUGAGUACAUGAAGGAAUUGGGCGUCGGCAUGAUUAUGCGCAAGGCUGGCAACAGUGUCAGUCCCACCGUCGAGGUGACCCAGGAUGGUGACACCUACACCCUGACCACCACCUCCACCUUCAAGACAUCGACGAUCAGCUUCAAGCUGGGCGAGGAGUUCGACGAGGAGACCCUGGACGGACGCAAGGUGAAGAGCAUCAUCACCCUGGAGGGCAACAAGCUGACGCAGGAGCAGAAGGGCGACAAGCCCUCGACCAUUGUCCGCGAGUUCACCGACGGCGAGCUGAUCACUACCCUCACCAUUGGCAGCGUGAAGAGCGUGCGCACCUACAAGGCCGUCUAAGCGCCCCAGGGAGCUGUCCUCGACUGAUCUAUACCCAUAACCAUACGACUACUCUGCAUCGCAACUAACUCAGCCACUAUUGUUAUGGACUAACAGUAAACUAAACUCUAAAAUCUAAAAUCUAAAAUCUAAACUCUAAACUAAACCCAAAGGAUCUGCACGCCCAACAUUAAUUUAUAAUCGCCCUCGCUUUUACGCCCUCGGAUGGUGUAUUGUGGCGCGAAAUUCCAAAUGCAUUUGAAUAAAUCGAACCAAUGAAGUGCUUUAA